UCAGGCUCUGUUCACUGCUGCUGCAGCGAUUGCGAUGGGCCAUCGGCGUGGUGGCGUCAGAGGGUCGCCCUUCUCGUCGCGAGUCCAUUCCACAUCACCACCAGCACCACCAGCACGAGCACCAGCACCGCGGGCAGCCUCACGACGGACCCUCUUAGGCGGCGAUGGACGGUCGUCCUGGUGGUCGUCCGUGGUGUCGGCUGGGUCCCGAUACCGGCGCUUCCGGCGGGCAGCCAGGGGCACAUCGUCGUCGAGGUCGCCGUCAGGCUGCUGCGUGCCUGGAGGGAAACUGUAGACAGAAAGACAGACAGACAGAGGGACAGCGAGAGUCGUUUGGCUGAAUGUCUGUGUGCCGUUCUCGACGUGUGGGUGCGAAAGGUGCCUACCCGGCGAGUUCGUCGCCAUCUGGUGAUGGCACCAGCACGUCAUUAGCACCUUCUGCUGCUGCUGCUGCGGCAGCUGCUGCCGCUGCAGGGCCUUCUGAGUCUGCAUGGAUAAGUAAAGAAAUACACACACGACACAGAAAGAGAGGGGGAAUGCAAUGCAUGUACAGGUCGACGCACGCCCGUGGUGUGUGGUUUGUCCGCUCACCGACAUCCAUCCCAUCGCCGUGAGCCUGGCCCGCCUGCUGGUCUUGGUCUUGGUUGUUCCACCCAUCCUCACCCACCUGCUGACCGACGGCAGCACUCUCAUCGGCAGCCUCACGACCCUCCUGCCCUCCUUCCUCAUCGACAUCAUCCGCCUCAUCGGCCUCGCGAUGCGCCGCCGGUCCCUCCUGCUCGAGCAGUGGAGGUUCCUGAGGGCCCGGGCCGUCGUGCUUCUGGCCGUGCUGGGGCGAAUCCGGGUUGAGACCACCGCCGAUACCGCCGCGCUGGGGGGCGACCUGGCGGGAGAACGGGGAGGGGAGGGUCUGCAGGAAGCGAUGCAGGCAGGCAGGACACGUGAUCCUUGUCCUUGACUGCAGGCAGUGUGGUGUGCUACCUACCCGUCCUCGAGGUGCCGCUCAUCCUCGGCCCCUCCCUCCGCCUCCUUGCCCUCGCCGUCACGCUGUUGGCCGUUGUCUUGGUCGCACCCUGCAAGCUAGGUUCUUGAUCACCUUGUGGUCGGGGGCUAGGAUGAAUCGGUUACGACAUGACAU